GGCGUGACCCGAGGGCGCCCGGGUGCCCUGGGCUCGGGCCGCGGGCGGUUGCCGCGGGUGACCCGGCUCGUGUGCUCCCAGGUGGCGGUCCCGUGGCGCCAUGGCCGGGAAUCUCUCCCCCGCGGGACCCGGCGGCGCCCGCUCGCGUCUCGGCUUCCGAGCCCGCUGCAGGAUGGUGCUGAACUCGCUGCGGGAUACGGAGGUCUCCCUGCCCUUCACCCCGGAGCCGCCCCGCACCCCGGUCACCGACCUCGCUCGGGGCUUUAGGAACCUCAGCACCGUGGCUGGGGACACGCCAAAGUGCUGUCUAGAUCUGUCUGAUCUCAGCAGUGGUGAGGAGAUGCCCACCUUCAGUUUCACCCAUUCCCCAGACAUGGCUGCUGUAGGUCGAGUGGACUCAUCAGGACCUCCGGAUGGGCUAGAGGCACCGAGGCAGAAUGUAAUAUCUUUCCUGCCCCAGGUAUUAUGCAGCACACCGAGUUCCCCAGGCUCCAUGCAUCGAGAGGGCAACGAGACAGACAGCUCCCUGAACAAGGAAAAUGAGGGUGUCUGCUUUAAGUGUCCAGGGUGGCAAAUGCCUAGGUCCCUGCUGUUUCGAAAGAGAGCAACAGCUCAGCUGGAUGCAGGGGGCUUGGAGGAGGGUGAGGUGAAAGAUCUGGGUAGCCCAAUUGCUGCAGUGACACGGCAUCCACGCAGAGUGGCAGAGAACUCGGACAGCUUUGAAGAGCUCUUCCCCAAUGAACAAGAAGACGUGGAGAAACCAGUGGCUGGGAACCUGUCCUCCAGCAUGGCUGUCCUGCUCUCUGGACCCCUCCUCACACAGGACAUCAAUGUCAGUGAAGUCUCCAUCAACAGAAGUCGCCUGUACCGCUCACCGUCCAUGCCAGAGAAGUUGGACAGACCGGUGCUGAAGCGAAUAGUGAGAUGCCAGGACAAUGAAACUCCAGUCAAGGUGAAACUGAGACGCAGCCCUGUCUAUGAGGAGGUGGAGCGGGGUGCAACUCUGAAGAAGACGGCCUCACUCUCAGACAUGGAAAUUGUCAAAGUUCUCGAUCAGGACUAUGGCUUCCGACAGCUCAUUGGGGACUUCUCUAAGGUGUAUGCGCUGCCGACAGUGACAGGAAGGCAACAGGAUCUGAGAUACAUCACCCCGGAGACUGUGGCUGCUCUUCUCUUCGGGGAAUUCCAAAGCUUGAUUGAGACAUUCUACAUCAUCGACUGUCGCUACCCCUAUGAGUAUCUGGGGGGGCACAUAAAGGGGGCUCUGAACUUUCACAGGCAGGAAGAUGUCUUUGAGUUCUUGCUGAAGAAGCCUCUGUUCCCGUCCACACCACAGAAACGCAUUGUCCUUGUGUUCCACUGUGAAUUCUCCUCGGAACGGGGCCCCAGGAUGUGCCGCUAUCUGAGGGAGGAAGAUCGAGCCAUGAAUGAGUACCCGGCACUGCACUAUCCCGAGCUCUACAUCCUGAAGGGAGGCUACAAGGAGUUCUUCCCUGAGUACACGGAGCUAUGUGAACCCCAGGACUACUGUCCAAUGCACCACCAGGACUACAAGGCAGAGUUGCUGAAAUUCCGUACCAAGAGCAAGUUGUGGGCUGGAGACCGGAGGAGACGCAACCAAAUCGCUCGCCUCAUGAAGUUGUGAGGGCAGAGGCAGCAGCCUUGAGUGGGCACUGCUUGGAAGGGCUCUGCCUUGCACAGCAACGGCCUUUUUUCUCUUGGAAAUGGGUCACUUGGUGACAGUCAAAGGCUGGAAAGUGGGAACCUGCUUUGUCCUAUGGAAACUGCAGCCACCUUCAGCCAUUUCAGAUGCUAACAAAUGCUACAGGAAGGCUGGUUAAAAAGGUCUUGAUUCUUGAUGCUGCAUCUCAGAAAGACUGUGACUGAGCAUGAACCGGGUGGACCCAGUAGUCCUUAAGGAAACGGGGCCUCCUUCACAUGGAAGGCACAGAGUGGGCCAGGUUCUAGGCUGCCUCUCAAUGUUGUGCCCAGCCAUUGCAGAGGAAGGUAUGUCACAGCCUGAGCUUUGACUCCUUUUUCCAUCUCCUGCUUCUAGCAGGAACCUCCGUGUUUCUCUUCACUGUUACUCUAGGUUUUGCAUUUAAUUGUCUUUUUAGUGACAGAAUAAACAGAUACCAAAGUGCUUGAUUUGAACAGCUCUCCCUGUCCCUCCAGCCUGGUGACUCCCACCCAUCUGUGCCAUUAGGAUAUUAUGAAAACAUCUUGUGGCAGAAGCCCUUGGGUGACUAAACAGAUGCCAAAUUCUGGCCUGUGAUUGGCUGAGAAGUCCUGUGAUGUGUAAGCCUCCAUCUUAUGCCUCUAAAAGGUUAAAACUGAAGGCUGGAACAAUGUUAACCAAUCAGAUGACAUCUCUUCUGCAUCCUUAUUAUCCUUAUACAGUCAGUUAAGGAACUGAUGAACAGCAGCUAAUCAAAUCACAUGUGCAAACCUUUGCUUCCUCCUUGGCUCACUAGGAUUUUGACUUCUACCAUUAUCUCCAUUUAGAAUGUUGGGGAAAAGACAAGUUUGAAAUUCCCACCCAUAAAGAGGGGGAGUUAACCAUUUAUAUGGAUGAGGAGAACAUCCCGUUAAGAGGAAUAUGAAUCCUGCUUCAAGGCACAAAGUUAGGAAUAAACUUCCUUGGGGGCAGGUUAUUCCAAAAUUGUCCAUUGUGGGGUUUUUUGCACCUUCCCCUGAAGCUUCUGGCGGGGCACUCUCUGACAGGAGCCUGGGCUAGAUGGAGCCCUGGGCUAGAAAUCCUUAUGUGUCCCAGUUAUAUUUUGCAUGAACAUUGAGAAUGUAUAUAAUAAAACAGGCUGUCUUGUCCUUGAGGUAAACAAUGACCCAGGCAAAUAAAUACUGAUGCUAAUUGAAACACAA